GUAUCAUAUCGACUGCGCGGAGCGCAUUGGAGUUGCUGGUGGAGAGGCCACCAACAAAAUCCAGCACAAGCCCCUGACCACGCUGCCUGCGCAAGCCAUGCUGGACGAGGGCCUUGAGAUCACGGAGAAUUUCCUCCCAGAUGGUCCCGUCACCAUUGGCAUUACCUCCGGCGCGCCACUGCCCCAGGCCGCGGCCCAGGGUGGCCUGGCUCUGAAGGUGGGCGAGGCCACGAGCACCGAAGAGCUCGUAAGCUGCAAGAUCGGUGGCUGCUGCGGCAAGGACACCCCCGGCUUGAGCCGCGAGGAGGUCUUGGCGAGGAUCCCCUCUUUGCCUCUCUGGGUCUUGUCUCCAGACGGCGCUUCCAUCAGCCGCUGCUUCGUGGCCAAGAACUGGGCGGCAGCCAUGAGCUUCCUCAACGAGGUCAGCGUCCUGGCCGAGCAGGAGGGGCACCACCCGGAUGUGCACAUCACUUCCUACCGAAACGUCCGGGUGGAUUUGAGCACGCAUGCGAUCGGAGGGCUCUCGCUGCCCGACUUCGUCUUGGCAGCCAAGAUGGAUCAGAUCAAGGUCGAGUACUCGCCGAAGUGGCUCAAGGAGCACCCCGUGGCCUAG